CCUCGGACAUACCUCUGUUGGAAAAUUUAUUGUAGUUGACUUCUAACUCCUUGGAAUUCAGUUGCAUUCCCUUGGACUACUCAAAGUAUCAUCUCGCGGGGAUCAUUUCGGAACCAUGUGCACACUGACUAUCAUCACCUCUCGUGCUUUAGGCCUACAUCAAAGUGCUGGGACCACUCGGUCUUUUCAGUUCAAUAAAUUUCUUUACCAGGCAGAAGUCAGCAGGUAACAUCAAAAUCAUGGAAAUAUGUCCUGAGCUUUCUAUAUUCAGUUCGCGGAUCGUGCACGUCUACCAUAUCACUUUUCCAAUUCAAACGUGCACCGCGACUACAAUUAAAAGAGAGCCACGAGCUGGAUCGUCGACGUCGGACAACACACGGUAUCCUCAAAUGAAUUAACCCUUGCUUCGAAACGGUCACCUGGGCGAGUCAUCUAUGAACAAGGUCAUCGACUUCGUACGCCUUCCGAUCUUCUUCAAUGAAUGAGCUUUCAGCCACAACCAGUCAGCUGGGCAGGUUAUAGUCGUUAUGUUCGAAGAGUCUCCCGAACUUCUUCCACUACACCGAGGUAAAGGAACCUUUUGGAAAUUUUGAUAUUUCUAUAAAAUGAGGGCUGCGAAGCUUAAUGAAACACUGCAAGGAAUCGUUCGCAACAAGAUCUAACAUUCACAAUGGUUCUUCACAGCUUGGUCUAUUUCCUCCUGCUCGCAAUCCCCGUAUUUGCGCUACCGCAGUCUGACGGGAUGCUCGCUCGUCGGGCAGACGUAUGCGCCGUCGUCUCGACUGUCCCAGGCUUCAACAACGCGAAGUUACCUGACCCGUUCACCUUCAAUAACGGCACCCCUGUUCGCACCAAGGCAGACUGGGAUUGCCGCCGUCAGGAGAUCGCUGCGUUGAUUCAGGGCUACGAAGCCGGGACGCUGCCACCCAAACCACCCAUCCUUUCAGCGACGUUCUCUAAAUCUGGUAACACUAGUACCUUGACUGUCACCGCUGGUCUCGCUACCAACAGCCAGACUACGUUCACACCGAGGAUUACUUACCCCAGUGGGAACCCUCCAACCGGUGGGUGGCCUUUGAUUAUCGCCUAUGAGGGUGGUAGCAUUCCUGUCCCUGCAGGGAUCGCGACUCUGAGCUACAGCAACAGCGACAUUGCUCAGCAAAAUUCGCAGUCUAGCCGUGGGGUUGGUCUCUUCUACAAUGUUUAUGGACGAUCUCAUAGUGCCAGUGCCAUGACGGCCUGGGUGUGGGGUGUCAGCCGCAUCAUCGACGCAUUAGAAAUCACUCCUGCUGCGAACAUCAACCUUUCGAAAAUCGGAGUUACGGGUUGCUCCCGUGACGGAAAGGGGGCACUUAUGGCUGGUGCCUUCGAGGAGCGCAUUGCUCUCACUAUCCCUCAGGAGUCCGGUUCGGGUGGUGAUACCUGCUGGAGGCUGUCGCACUUUGAGCAGCAGAGUGGUAAUCAGGUCCAGGAGGCGACGGAGAUUGUGCAGGAGAAUGUCUGGUUCUCCACGAACUUCAAUAACUACGUCAACCAACUCCAGGUCCUCCCUUACGAUCAUCAUCUUCUUGCUGCGUUGGUUGCUCCCCGUGCGAUGAUCUCCUUCGAGAACACGGACUACAUGUGGUUGAGCCCCAUGAGCAGUUUCGGCUGUAUGACCGCCGCGCAUACCAUCUGGCAAGCAUUGGGUGUACCCGACAACCACGGAUUCGAGCAGGUUGGAGGUCACGCUCACUGCGCCUGGCCUGCGAGCCUCAACACUCAGCUCAACGCCUUUAUUAACAAGUUCUUGUUGGGUCAGAGUCCCACUACGAGCUACUUUUCGACCAACAACCAGUUCGGUGUCGUAUCCUGGCAGCCCAGUAACUGGAUCACCUGGUCCACUCCUACCUUGUCUUGAAGCUGCGUAGUUGUUGCGGGUGUAGUUUUAACAUGUUUCGUUGUAAUAAAUACAAGUCGGUUGCGUCGAGAAUGAAUGUUAUGUUUUGCUUAGAAU